AUGGCGAAGCCAGAGGACCUAGUGUUCGGGUUGGACCACCUCGAGCCGAACGUAAUGACCGAGGCGGAGGUGGCGAAGAUCCGGGCCCUGUACAACAUACCGGAAUCGGUAAAGAUGCGGAUCCCAGGGCCGUUGGAGUCGCUGAGCAAUCCAAGAGGGGAGGUGGUCUUCUUCAUGGAUGUCCUUAAGCACGGGCUUCGGCUGCCACUGAGGCAUUUCGUGCAUAAGAUCCUGGCGGCGAUCGGCUACGCCCCUGGGCAGUUUAAUCCAAAUUUUUGGAUUACACUCUUGGGGACGAUCACGGCCUUCGGCAUAGCUAGGGAGGGGGAGCCGAGCUAUGAGCAAUUCGCUCAUCUGUACAGUGUGACGAGGGCGAAGAGUGCCGAUCAGGGGGAGGGGGCACUUCGUAGUCGGGGUGCCGACCUCGCAGAAAACCUGGCUUCGGCGUCGGGUGUUGGUGUCCGGAGCUUGGGAAUCGGCACCGGGAGUGAUUGUGGAGAGGCAUAUCCCACAUCCUUCCAAACAGUUGGUAGGCCCAUGGGGUGUCUGUCCUUGAAACGGCCGAUCGCUACGAAGAGGGAGAUAGAAGUGAUUGAGCGCGUUCGAUCAAGAAUAUCGGAGGAGGGUUGUGUGCACAAGGCUCUGCUAGACUACAAGAACCUGUACAAAGCGGGUCUGAUCAGUGAGUCUGAGUACCUCCGAAGGAAGGAGGAAGAAGAGGAAUAG